CUCAAAGCGUAGUUGGUCCUGCUCGUCGACUCAAAAAAAAAAGACAACUGCUGGCAAGUGUCAGCUUGUAGGAGCCCGUUGAUGAUUUUUAUGUGUAGCGAACCUACUGGAUUCCCUUCACAGUGAACUGAGUUCAGUCGAAAUAAAUUUUGGUGAAAGUAGAAGAUGAGAGGCUGUUUGCAUACUUCUUCUGUAAAGGCAUCACAGCAGAAUCCUCCUCCUAGAGUCAUAGCUUCCUCUCCUCUACUCGCAUUUAUUUCAUUUCCUUUCCUUUCGCAUUUGACCACACGUACACCGGACCAUAACUAGAAUCCCAACUUGUUUAUCUUUCUACUACUAGCAGCAUGUUUCUUGUAUAACUUCUCCAGAAUACCACAACAUCAAUACCGAGCUUCUAUUCUGACCACAGCAUCAACAAAAUGUCUACCAUUGAGCGCCUUGGCAUUUCGGGGAUCCGAUCGUUCUCCUACGAUCGGAUGGAGAAGAUCAGCUUCGAUAAGCCCGUGACCCUAAUCGUCGGACAGAAUGGAUGCGGAAAAACCACGAUUAUCGAAUGUCUCAAGAUUUAAGGAUUGAGUGAAUGAGAUUUUUGAGUGAAUGAGAUUUCUCAGUGAAUGUUGCAUAUGGCCCUCUUAGGUCUUGUUUUCUUUUGCACCUGUAAUAUGGGAAAGGAAACUAAGCGGUUACUUGCGUAGCUCAGUUGUUUCGGGAAUACUCAAAUCAGCUUUGGCUCUGGAAUCUUGAACUCACCUUUCUAAACCUCGGCUUCCUGUGGUGCCUAGUAUCUAAGCACUGCACAUCCCUCAAUUUUGUCAUAAGAUGUUUUUCAUGUUUAAACUACGUAAGACAGUCGGUUAGUUUUCCCUCCGACUUUAGGUGUGUCCCUUCAUGCAAUAUAUUUAAACUCUCUCUCUCUCUAAACUGCGGCUUCCUGUGGUGCUUAUCCGCCAUAUGUGGGCACAGGUGGCGCUGCGUUCGUCCACGACCCGAAGUGGGCUAAGAUGCAGGAGGUCAAGGGCCAAAUCAAGAUGAUCUUCAACGCCAAGGGAGACAAGCAAAUCUUGGCAGUCCGUUCGUUUAAAAGCUUGAUUUUAUGUGACAGAAGAGGUUUCGUGAAUAUUAAUCGUUGGAAAUUGACUUUUCUCCUCUCUAAUUUUUUUUGAAAUUCCUCUAUAAAUCGUUGGAAAUUGACUUUUCUCCUCUCUAAUUUUUUUUGAAAUUCCUCCUCUCUAAUCGGUGGCGGUACAGCUCUUUCAAAGAAACCAUCGUGCAAGGCUUUGGAUUGCAGUCUCAAGUUCAUGAAGCAAGGAGACGAGGACGCGGCUGUCGGGAGUAGCUUUAAGGCCGCGUAUGGGAUUAAUAUUACUGUUCCGGCUUUUCGUCAUUAGUAGUCAGUACUCAUACAUCAAGGGGAACAACGGUUAAAUAAUAUGUUCCGUCUUGGGAUUAUUACAAGUAAUCGUCGCUGAAUCUGUUCCGUCUUGCUGGUAGCUUAGGAUGGCUACUUGAGACGCCAUGACGAUCUUUAAGAAGGGUAAUGCACACUGUAGUUGUAAAAAUUAAGUUGAUGUAGCAAAGAUGAUGAUCUGGUCUUCUAACAGGAGUACUCAACGCGUGAAGGAUAUGGACAGCCUUGUGCCGCAAUUGAUGGGCGUGGAGAAAGCGAUAUUGGAAAACGUCAUAUUCUGCCAUCAGGAGGAAAGUAACUGGCCUCUGAUGGAUCAGGCGGUAUUUUUACUACAUAGAAGAAAGCAACUGGCCUCUGAUGGAUCAAGCGGUAUUUACUAUAUAGAAGAAAGCAACUGGCCUCUGAUGGAUCAGGCGGUAUUGACAAUUUAUAGAACUUGUCCUUUUUGGUUUUUUCUAGUUACUUCUGCCGAUCUGGGGCUUCAUGCGUAGGACCCCUCUAAAUCUAAGUGUAACGUUAGGAAGGCUCCACCACUAUGUAGAAGAACACAGCCCUUUAGUUUGCGGUCGCCUUAGGUCAUUCUCCUCAGCUACUAUAUGGAAGAAAGCAAGUGGCAGUUGCUGAAACAUGAGGAACUAAACAAACGAAUUAUAGAAAAAUUCUCUCUUGACGUUGACCAUGAAAGAAACUACCACUACCCGCACAAGACAAUAACCACAUACACACAGACUCUGAAAAAGAAGUUCGAUGA